AUUUGAUAUCUUCCUCUCAAACAACUCCUUGGGCCAGAAACUCACAAAAAUAGCCAUGGGAUAAUCUGUACAAGUCACCAUGAAUACUAAGGUUCGCAUAGCUUGCCGAAGAUGCCGAUCUAAGAGGAUUAAGUGCGAUGGAGGUGUUCCCGCGUGUGGAAACUGUCAGAAAGCUGGAGAACCUUGUAUAGAUGUGGACGGUCGCAACAAUGCUGUUUCAAUCCCCCGUGAUUUUGCGGCAAAUGCUCGCGCUCGCAUCGAAUGGCUUGAGGACCAAGUCAGGAGGCUGUCGCCUGAGUUCAAUAUACACGACGGCCCACGGGUUGACUUCAGUUUUUUAGGUGGCAUGGCCACUGCCACUCAGCAGAAAGGACCGUCACCCUCGCCGGAGUUCUCUGCUCCUCCAACCAAGAGAACCUUCUCUUCUACUAUUGAACCACCACCGGCCGAGGAUACCUUCGCCGAUGAAGCACGCUCAGUUGCACUAGACUUGGGUCUGCUCACUUUGAACUCAGACUCUCGACAGACACAUUACCUUGGUACCUCCUCUGGACGCCUAUUUACUUCACUAAUCGGUGUUGGCUCUCCUGAGACACCCACUCUUACAAGAGGGAGUAGGACACCCAGCCUUCCAUCACAAACCAGCCCUGGAAAAACGGGACCGAUUGCACAUAUCAGACGCGUCAAAGAAUCCUAUCGGGUCUUGUACGAUUCCCUUCGUAGAAGUUUGCCCCUGGAAGAGGACGCUCGCGUGCUGUUGGAGGUCUACUUUCGAAAUAUUCACAUCGACCACCCUUUCCUCCAUGUGGAGUCAGUCGUGAAUGCAGUUGAGGCUUUAUACCACUGUGCAGCAUCAGAUGUUUCGGCUGAUGUAGGCUACAAUGGUUGGGUUGAUUCCCUGCCGCCAUUCACAUACAAUGGAGAGUACGAAGUUUUUAGGGGUAGCAAUUGCACUCCAGUAUCCAUCUUUACCGCGACCUUCCACGUGUUCAUGAUAUUUGCUAUUGCCGCGACAGUACGAACACGCCAAAAGUCUUUCGAUUUCGCCCCUAACCAGUUCUACCGAGUAGCAAUGUCUGCCGGCCAACACUGCUUUUCUCACACAUCGAUGGCCAGCCUCCAAGCUACAUUGCUCCUUGCAGUUUACAGUCUUCAAGGGCCCGCAGAGUUGAACAUUUGGACGCUAACAUAUGUAGCAAUGGCUCACUGCGUUGACCUUGGCCUCCAUCGGACUCCGAGCGAGGAUGCAAAGUUGUCAAAAGCCGCCCGCCUUGCGCGCUCUAUGGCCUUCUUCAGUGUUUAUCAUUUGGAUCGCUCGAUCGCUGCCCUACAGGGUCGUCCACUUGGAAUCAGGGACGAGACGUUUGAUCUUCAACUGCCAACUCUUGAAGACGUCCAACUUGAUGCUGCGAGCAUACAAGACAAGGCCUUUGCCCCGGAGAUGUCUAUCGCUGGAGGAUUGGCUUUCGCCCUUCACCGGUUCAAGUUGGACCCUAUCAUUUCGGAAAUCAAGCUACUCUUCUACCACCUCCCAUCUCGAGUUAACGCCUACGUCUGGCCUAGUGACCAUAGUUCUUCGCAAGCAAGCAUACGAACAAAGCUUGAUGAUUGGCGUCGCCACACCUUAGCUAUGGCUGAAAAAUUAGUCCCCGAAUUCGAGGAAGAUCGACUUGCGUACCGGAAUUACGAACUCAAGUUAACAAGCCAAUAUUUCGCAGCCAUGAUCUUAUUACAUCAACCAUCUCAGGCUAUCCCUGAACCAAGCCAAGAAUCUCUAUUGACAUGCUAUCAAUGCGCUGCGUGGCGUCUCAAUACAUAUAACGAUCUUUAUCAUGCUGAUAGUUAUUAUCAGAGCUGGAGAAGCGUGCAGGGUAUUUUUUCAUCAGGUGCGACUAUGAUAUAUUGCCUGUGGACAUCUACGCUGGUGCGGGCAACUGUUCCAGUAACGGAAGCCAUCAAAGACCUAAGGACGUGCACAAAUCUUUUGAGUGUCGGCGGGGAAUGGUGGCCGUCUGUGAAGAAAGGAAAAGAAAGCUUUGGGAGAGCGAUGGACGCUCUAUUGAAAAGGAUGGAUUGUUCCCAACAACAAGGCAGAGGAAAUCAAGGUUUCACGCAGCAAACACAACGGCCGCAUACGUUAAGCCAUAACCCAAUAGAUCCAGCCACGGCAGAAGGCCCCCUGGUUCCACCACCUGCCAACUUGGACGCCGUGUCUACUUUUGAAGCAGCCCACACCACCAUACACGACGAUGAUCUCAACAUGAACCAAUUCUCGCAUUCGACGGGCGAUUUCCCGACUACUGAAUGGACUAUGCUCGAUAAUCACGCAUUCUCGAACAACACGCAUCAUUUCUCUGAAUUAUUUUUCGAUGCAAAUAUCGGAGCGCCAGACUCCACAGUAGAUGCUUUCAUUGCCGAAUUUAUGAACGAAGAUACAGCAUGGAAUCCUUUCUAAACGCACUAUUACUGGCGCAGCCUCAAAAUAGUUGGUCCAAUUUCAUCUCCCUCUUCGAGACAUUUCCGUGUGGCUUCAUCGAUGUUCCACCUAGAAUCACAGAGCUUUGCACACUCCUCAGCUACCUCUGGAGGAAUUGCCACCACACCA